CAAAUUUGACUUUCCAAGGUAGUUGCCCUCCCCACCAAUCCCGAUUCGCCACGUGUCCCUCGUCAACGACGCCACCCAUCAUCAUCCUCCGGGGCCGACCAGUUGCCGCAGCUCCAUCGUACUUCACGGCCCCGGAACCCAACCCACACGUGCACACGGCACGUGCCCCCAUGCACGUUUUUUAUAUAACCUCGUCGUCCGCGAUGUUAAUUACUAACAGGAUUUUCAUCCCAUGAAAUGAAUAGAUGGAAAGGGAAUGGAAACCUAAUGUCGCCGGAGCCGGCGCGGAGAUGUCCCCGGCCUGCCCGCGCUGCGGCUCCGCCAACACCAAAUUCUGCUACUACAAUAAUUACAGCCUCACCCAGCCCAGGUACUUCUGUAAAGCUUGCAGAAGGUAUUGGACCAAAGGAGGCUCCCUCCGGAACGUCCCCGUCGGCGGUGGAUGCCGGAAGAGCCGCCGUGGGAAGCCAUCGAUGCGCGUUAACGUUGCUGGUGGCGCCGCCGCCAGGGCGAAUUACCACCGGGAUGGACCUGAAUCGAGUCGAUCGAAUCAACACCGCCCCGACGGUGGUGCUACCAUCGAUCUCGCCGCAGUUUACGCAAAUUUCCUCAAUCAAGCCCCGAAUCGCAUCGAAUCGAAUUCUGAAAUUGUGAUUCCGUCGUCUUCAACCGUUGGGUUUGCAGAUUUCCAGGGUUUGGAUAUCAGCCAUGGGAAUUUGGGCAGUACUUGUUCUGGUUUUCUUGAAUGUGAACAGUUGCCUGGAAAUUUAUCAGAAAACGCGAUUUAUAAUUGUAAUGGGUACGACGAAUUUAAUCAUCAGCAGCAGCAGCAGCGACGGCCGGCGCCGAUUACAGGAGAUGCGACAGCGAGUGAUAGUAAUAAUAAUUUUGAUACGAUGAAUAAUCCUAUAGAAAAUGCAGCGCCGGCGGCGUUGCCUCCAUUGCCGGGAGGAGCUGACGAGAGCGUUACUGAUGGCCACCGGCUGCUGUGGCCACCGUCGGACCAAAUCUUGCCGCCGCCGGGUAAUAAUGGUUUUCAGGGAAUGGCAGUGGCGGUCGGUUCGUCCGAACCGGAAGGGCUGAAUUCAGAAAUACUGAUCAAUCCGUUUAGUCCAUUAAAUCUUGAAGCCAUUUUCAGGUCAUGAUUUAUGAAUCUUGAUCAGUUAAGUAGUAUUCUGUAAUUAUUUACUACAAUUUUUAUUUUAUAGUCUUUAUAUAUAU